CGGAUAUUUGUCAAGCCGUGGAGGAGCAGAGGCUUUCUGACAAGACUUGAGAGAAAUAUAUUUUGGAAUAAGAGAACGAUGACGCCGGAUCAGAGCUGAUCCUCGGAGAAAGUUUUUUCUUUUUGUUGUUGCUUGGAUCACUGGUCUCACAUCCUGCGUUCAGUCCAGGAGGUUGGAGCAUCUUCCAAGUGAUUUCCACCCAUUAAAAGUAAAAAACACUUCAGGAUGUUUGGAAACACAGGUCCCUUCUCUUACUCCCGAGGUUUCCCACAGGAAGACUUCCCUCAACAGAGACGGCCUUUCCAGCAGGAUGAGCCCCAAGGUUCACCGCUGCAGAGAAACGGCAUGUCGAGACCAAGUGGAAGAUCCAUAUACAUGCAGAGAAAGGAAUACUCAGAGGUGCUCAACAAACAACCAGACAGCUUUCAAGUCAGAGUGGAGCAUCUGUUCACCUGUGAGCUGGACGGCCAGGAGGUGAGGACAGCAGACAACUGCGUGGCCAAACUUGUACAACUGGACGCCAAAGGUCGUCUGUGGCCUCAGGAUAUGAUCAUGGAGCUCAGAGGACCGUACCUUCUGCUCUCUGACAUCGAGACCAAGGCUGAGCUGGAGUCCGUUUCUUUGAUGAGCAUCAUGGAAACCAAAGCGGUGCUGGACAGCUGCGCCUACAACUCUCUGCUGGCUGUAACCGUACAGGAGCGCAGCAGACGUUUCCCGCAGGUCUUCCUGUUCCAGUGUGAGGAGACCGGGGCAGAGCUGAUUAAGACAGAUCUGGAUAAAGCAGUGCAGAGAGAAGGAGGAGGCGGAAGAGGAGGGGGGCAUCUGAGCCCCCACAGAGAGCCGGCUGACAUCAGGAAUAAUCUGGACCGGCAUAAUCCAGGAAGCUUCCGGCUAGCCGGGCCCCGUCCCAUGCAACAAGAGGAGACCCUUCCAUCUCCAGACUAUUCAGCCUCACAGCAGUUCAGGAGAGAGCCAGGUUCCAUGCCUCCCCAGCAGGCCUACACCCCACAGCAAGAGACGAGUCCAUACGCAGAGCUCCCUGACAUGCAGAGCAGCCCACAGAUGGCUCCUGACGGGUCAGACACAGAGAGGAACAUGGAGAUUUUAAAUCACGUCAUAACCGAUUUGGAGGUUUUCAUCAACAAAAUAGGAGCUGCAGCAAACGCACCUUCGCAGCAAGACAAGAACAAGAAGAAAAAGAAAAAGUCUAAUACAAACGCACCAGCUUCCAACCUGCCGCACUGGGAUGAAUAUGUCACGUGCCUCCAGAAAGUCAAAUAUGGAUUCAACCUGCUGGCCAAGCUAGAUGGGGUUCUGAUCAACCCGAGCGCCCCUGAGUUUGUUCACAUCUUCGCCACUCAUCUGGGCAUGAUGGUUCCUCUGUAUCCUGCAGACCUGCCUCCCACAGUUGUGUCUCCCCUGCUGACACCGAAGGCCUUGAACCUGCUCAAUCAGACCCUGACCAUCGAGGAGAAACGCAUGUGGAGGUCUCUGGGUGACUGCUGGUCCGUCCCCAGGUCUGAAUGGCCGGAUGCUAAUGUACCUCCUUACAUCCCAGAGUUUUAUGAUGGCUGGCAGCCUCCUGCGCCCUCUCACACCCUUCCUGUGCCUCCUCGUCAGAAUGAUCCGAUCAGCAGAAGCAACAGCCAACGCUUUCAGUCCAGCAGGCCUGGAGCUCCAACAAAUGACAGCCAGAGUUACUCUCCCCGAGCCAUGCAGCAGGUGCUGGCAUCCAAUGGUCCCUGGAGUCCACCUCCACCUGUGCGCCCCACAGAGCCACCGCUGUACAUGCGCGUCAUUUAUAACUUCGUGGCCAGGAACAACCAAGAACUCACUGUGAUGAAGGAUGAGGUGAUUCAGGUGGUUCAGAAAUCUAGGCCAUGGUGGCUUGUGCGCAACUCCCGUAACGAGGAAGGCAACGUUCCUCCGAAUGUUUUGGAGCCAGUUGACAACGCUGGAUCUAUGGAGGAUCGAACGUCUGCCUCUCAGUGGGACAGCCGUGGUCCCGCGACUCUGAACAUGAGCUCCAGUCCUGCUGAGGUGAAGGCAUGGCUCGAGUACAAAGGUUUCUCCAGAAUCACCGUCUCCAGCCUCGGGGUUUUAAGUGGAAAACUGCUGUUGGGAAUGUCCAAAGAAGAAAUCAGGACUGUGUGUCCAGAGGAAGCAGGCAAGGUUUUCUUCCACCUUCAGGGUGUCAAAUCGUCCCUUGCACUGGCCAGCGAACCUUCAGCCAUGUACAACGGCCGCUACUAACUACAGCGAACAUCUGGAAAAAACAUCUCCACGAACACUGCAUGAACUCUACUUCAACCAGUGCUGUUUUGUGUCGUUUCAGAAAGAGCACAGAGGAUUUUGAUAAAAGUUGUAUGUUCAGAAGUCACCAAUUACUCAAAUUUUACACCGUUACAUCUUUUAUGUAUUUAAGUCUCACGAGUGUAGAUCGAUGCACCCUGGUCUACUUUUUUCUUAUUAAACCUGUUGAGUCAUGCAUGCACUUAUAACAA